CAAUCACGUGCUUCACAGGUGAAGGUGGCAGCGGCGGGAGCGCCCUCCCCCUGCGGGCUGACGGGUUCAUCCCGAGCGCGUUCUGGCCGCGUCCUUCUCCUGCAUCCGAGAGCGCUCCCGGGCCAAGUCCGGCCUAGCCGGCAGCAGGUGUGCCCAGGUAGCGCGGCGACGUGGCCAUCCGCGUGCUCUCCCGGCCGGGCGCCCAGCGCAGUGGCUUAGGUGAAGAUCCGGCAAGUCCGGAGCCUGUUGGCGCCGCGCCCCGCCGCAGGCUCCCCCGGCCCGGCCGAGGCCGCGCCUCCUCCCGGAACUGGCCGGCGGGGCCAGGCGGACAGAGCGGCGGCGGCGCGCGGGGGCCAUGGAGGUGCUGCCCGCGGGCGGGGGCCGGACGGCGCGCGCGGAGCUCGAGUUGCACGGCGGCGACUGCGGCGAAGCGGGGCUGGAAGAGGCAGAGCGGGGAUCUGUCCCCGGAGUGGCCGAAGCUCCACCUCGACAGGGGGCGGCCGAGCGGCUAAGGGGCUCCCGCGACUCGUGGGAGGGCGAGGAGGAGCCGGAGAUCGGGGGCCGCACGAGCCGCACGGCGUCCCUGGUGAGCGGGCUGCUCACCGAACUCUACAGCUGCACGGAAGAGGAGGAGGCGGCGGGCUCGGGCCCGGGGCCCUGGGCCCGGCGGCCGCGUCGCGACAGCCUCGACAGCUCCACCGAGGCCUCGGGCUCCGACGUGUUCUUGGGCUGCCGCGGGGCCGCCUGUGACUCCCGCGUGCUGCAGGAGCUGCAGGAGCGGCCGAGCCAGCAGCACCAGAGGCGGUACCUGCAGCAGAAAGACACCAGUGAGCUGAGGAUUAUCCUUCAAGAGCUCACGCUCAGAGUCGGUGUACAGUCAGCGAAGUUACUUCGGCAGCUGAAGCAGAGAGACAGGCUUCUGCACAAAGUACAGAGGAACUGUGAUAUUGUGACUGCUUGCUUGCAGGCCGUGUCGCAGAAGAGAAGGGUUGAUACAAAAUUGAAAUUUACCCUUGAGCCAUCUUUAGGUCAAAAUGGUUUUCAGCAGUGGUAUGAUGCUCUCAAGGCAGUUGCCAGGCUAUCGACUGGAAUACCCAAGGAAUGGAGGAGAAAGGUUUGGCUGACCUUGGCGGAUCAUUAUUUGCACAGUAUAGCCAUUGACUGGGACAAAACCAUGCGUUUCACUUUCAAUGAGAGGAGUAAUCCUGAUGAUGACUCGAUGGGAAUUCAGAUAGUCAAGGAUCUUCACCGCACAGGCUGUAGUUCUUACUGUGGCCAGGAGGCGGAGCAGGACAGGGUUGUACUGAAGCGGGUGCUGCUGGCCUAUGCCCGGUGGAACAAAAAUGUUGGGUACUGCCAAGGCUUUAACAUCCUGGCUGCGCUGAUUCUGGAGGUGAUGGAAGGCAACGAAGGUGAUGCACUGAAAAUCAUGAUUUACCUUAUUGAUAAGGUACUUCCUGAAAGCUAUUUUGUCAAUAAUCUCCGGGCAUUGUCUGUGGAUAUGGCUGUCUUCAGAGAUCUCUUGAGAUUGAAGCUCCCAGAAUUAUCUCAGCACCUGGAUAUGCUUCAGAGAACUGCAAACAAAGAAAGUGGAGGUGGAUAUGAGCCCCCACUUACGAAUGUUUUCACGAUGCAGUGGUUUCUGACUCUCUUUGCCACGUGCCUACCUAACCACACAGUGUUAAAGAUUUGGGAUUCAGUCUUCUUCGAAGGGUCAGAAAUCAUCCUAAGGGUGUCGCUGGCUAUUUGGGCAAAAUUGGGAGAGCAGAUAGAAUGCUGUGAAACAGCAGACGAGUUCUACAGCACCAUGGGGCGCCUGACUCAGGAGAUGCUGGAGAAUGAUCUUCUGCAAAGCCAUGAACUCAUGCAGACUGUUUAUUCUAUGGCUCCGUUCCCUUUUCCACAACUCGCUGAGUUGAGGGAAAAAUACACCUACAAUAUCACACCAUUCCCAGCCACGGUCAAACCCACCUCAGUUUCUGGACGGCAUGGGAAGGUCAGAGACAGUGACGAGGAGAAUGACCCAGAUGAUGAAGAUGCCGUUGUUAACGCAGUGGGAUGUCUUGGACCUUUCAGUGGGCUGCUUGUCCCUGAACUACAGAAGUUCCAAAAGCAGAUGAAAGAGCCGAAUGAGGAGCAGAGUCUGAAAUCGAAUAACAUUGCAGAGCUGAGUCCGGGAGCAAUCAAUUCCUGUCGCAGUGAAUACCAUGCAGCUUUUAACAGUAUGAUGAUGGAACGCAUGACCACAGACAUCAAUGCGCUGAAGCGGCAAUAUUCUCGAAUUAAAAAGAAGCAGCAACAGCAGGUUCACCAGGUGUACAUCAAAGCAGGCCCUAAAGAAGAAAAAGACCAUGGGUUCUUUUUAGGUCCCAAGGAUCAGGCAAUCAAUGACAAAGGGCCAGUGACCAGCAUUCUCCCAUCUCAGGUAAACAGUUCUCCAGUUAUAAACCACCUCCUUUUAGGAAAAAAGAUGAAAAUGACCAACAGGGCUGCCAAAAAUGCCGUCAUCCACAUUCCUGGUCACACAGGAGGCAAAAUAUCUCCCGUCCCCUACGAAGACCUUAAGACGAAGCUCAACUCUCCGUGGCGGACGCACAUCCGAGUCCACAAAAAGAGCGUGCCCAGGACCAAGAGUCACCCUGGCUGCGGGGACACCAUAGGGCUGAUCGAGGAGCAGGCCGAGGGCUGUAAGCCCAGCAGCGGGGGAGCAGCUGAGGAACUUCCCGCCAGCUGCGCCACAGCAGCUGGGCGAGCAGGCGGCAGCUCUGAGGGCGGCUCGCGGAGGACGAUCGAAGGGCAUUCUCCGGAGCCAGUGUUUGGGGACGCUGCCGAGGUGGGUGUGUCUGCAGUGCAGGUGAAGUUGGAAGCCUUGGACCUGGACGCAAGUGAUGCUGCGGCGGAUGCUGAGCCCCGGGUGCCCCUGCCCCGCCAGCGGCAGUACCCGGAACCGCCUGAUGCCCCUGGAGAGAACAAAGCCACCAGCAAACCCCUUCAAGGUAGCAACUCGAAGACCCCCAUCUUUAGCCCUUUUCCCAGUGUCAAGCCGCUGCGGAAAUCAGCCACGGCCAGGAAUUUGGGAUUAUACGGUCCCACAGAAAGAACCCCAACCGUGCACUUCCCUCAGAUGAGCAGGAGCUUCAGCAGGCCUGGCGGUGGCACCAGCGGCUCUAAGAAACGGUGAUGUCUCCCAGAGGUUCUGCGUGGGACUCCCCUGGGCCUGCUGGUGGAAGGGGUUCCAGCUGAAUGGCUCCGGGAGGGUUCUGUUUGUCCACUAGAACUGCAGGUUUUAUCAAGGGAGCUAACAUAGGGGUGUUUCUCCAACCACUGGAUGACUGAUGGCAGAGUAGAUGCUGUGGUUAUAAAGGAUGACAUCUCUCCAGUUUUUCAUUGUGAACUUUCUAGAGCAGACUCUAUGUCUAGACUGUUAGCCCUGGUUCCGCCCUCCUGCGCUGAGGGCUUUUCGGGGUCCUUGUGACAACACCCCCAAACCUGCCAGUUCCCUGGGUGUUACUAAUACGUAAGCAUGCACACACCAGCUUCUAGAACAGAAACUAUAAAAAGAAACUGAGUUUCUUAGUUGCAAAAAAGAAAAAAAAAAGUUCUAAUUUUUCUCUUCAUGCUCUGUCAGGGGGUUGUUUGUGUGUUUUGACUUUUCCCUCAGUAGCAAUCUCAAAAUUAUUUUUUAUUCUUAUGCUAAAGCAUAGGAGGAAGAGCUCAAUAGCCCUUUUUUCACUUUCUACCUGUGAAAUGAAGACAACCUUUAAUCUGUUGAAAUUUAGGUUGAUUACCAAUUUAAAGAUCUUACUCAGACAACACAAACGGGAUCUGCAUUAAGCAGUUGCUCCGAACCGCUUGCUAAUUCACUAGGCUUUGUCCCGGGUUCGUUUUCUCCUCCCGAGGAGAGCUUUGGUCUUCACCUGAUGGGCUCAGCAAGGAGCUUGUGCAUCCUCAACCAUGCAGCUAACUAACCCACCAGCUCUGCACAGCCCCCACUCCAGGCCUCUGCUCAGAAGCCAGAACACAGCACCUGCGACUCUGUUACUUGAAUUUUGUGCUUUUUUGAUUGGGGUACUUCGUGGAGUACUUUGUUACUUGAACACUGCCUUUUUCUAGAGAAGGCCCCAGUGCUUUCUAGCUCUCUCUCACCCUGUCCACUCCUGCCCUGGUCCCAGCAGGUCAGAGAAAGCACCUCUUGUCUCCACUAUGCAGUUGGGAACUCUGAGCCACACAGAGGUGAAACAGCACUUCAGUUACUCAUGGUAAAUACUUCUGGUAUUCCACGUGACUUAGACACAUUUUCUCUAGUACCAUAGGCGAGCUCAACAUUCUUUGUGCACAGAUGCCCUGGCUACAGACAGGGUACAAACCAAGCCUGGGAAGCCGCUCACUACGCCCCCUCCUGACUCAAAUGACCUUUCUCCAAAUGGCACAGAGCCCUGUGACAAUGAUCCACAAGCCAGCUCUGCCCGCCUUAUCCUGAAAGAGUAGCUUCUUCUAAAAAUGCUGCAUGCACCUGCCAUUUGGCUGAAUGAAAAGCUCACUCAUCAAUCUCCUCCUGCCCACCACCAUCGGAAGAGUGGACUCAGCAUCUCUGUCUUUGUCCCUGGAAGACUGCAGCGGUGCUGUCAGGAAUAGUGUUGAUACAAUCACUAUUAACUUGAGAUCACUGGAUGCCAAUUCUGAAGCCAAAGCUGCUGUUUUAGCGAGGGCUUUUGCUGUGAGAGGCACUCAUUUUUAUAAUCAAAUAGAGGCUGUGGUUGUGUGGGCUUUUUUGAACAGCAAACACAAGGAUGACACCCACAGCGAGUAAAGCUAUUUUAUCCCCUUCAUGGUAUUUUUACCAACCCUAAGAAACCGAAGAUGGAAAAUAUGACUAAGAAGUCACAGCAGUUUCAGUCUGGAGUUCUGUGCCAUGUGAAGUUAGCAUAGAGCUUCUUAAAAUCCGCCACGCCACAGCCUGUUUCUUGGGAAAGGUGUAGGUGGAGAGCUGAGCUCACUUUGGGUACCACCCGCAGGAGACGAGACCCACUGCAUUUUCCAAAUUUAGGUAAAUGACAUGAUUUCUUUACACCUACUGAACUUGACAGAAGAAUAUUUCCACCUCACAGUUUCUUCUUCUCCCCCAUCCCCAGUGAAUCAGAGUGGUCAGCUCCCCUGAGGGAUGUCUGAUUGAAUGGAACAUUGUUCCUUCCUCUCUCAAGUCAGCUUACUAGCUCACCUAGGGUCUGGGCUUGGGGUGGGCAGCGAGGUGGAGCCGUCUGGCAGCUGUCUCCGUGUUGGCAGCACAUGCUGUGCACUGCAGGCAUCUCCUCACCUGUUCCCUGGACUUGAGAAGGGAACUGCCAAGAUGGCCCGUGGUUUGGGAAAAGUAUUUGUUGAUUGAAUGAAUAGUGUUCACUUGAAAGAUCAAAUCACCUUGUCACGUUUUUAAAAACCCAGCAGAUUCCUGUGAAAAGCACUCUCUACCAAUUAUGUGCAUGCAUUGUACCAAAUAUUCACAAUGUGAAUUGGUCAACUUAUGAGCCUUGCCUACUUUAGAAAACAAAUCUGCAGUAGCCUCUACCAUACAGCAUGUACAAAGACCACUAUGGACUUGCUCUCUUCCCUAUGUCUUGGACACUGUAUGCAAACACCAGAAGUACUUAACAAAUAGCCGUUCAUUGUAAAUGCGCGGGUACCCUCCGAGCACUUUGGUUGGGAGGGGACUGCACCUCAGUCCUCUCACAAAAGCCUCCAGAUCUCCCCCUGGUUUGUAAUGUCCACUUCCAGGCUGUAACUGUUUGGAACACUGUAUUCCAUUUUUGUCUCGCUGUUGUUCUGAAGAAUUGUUCUGAUCACACAGAUAUAUGCAUAAAAAUUCUCACUGAA